CUUAUCAGAGGGGUCAGGUGUAUCAGGUCAUCAUGAAGCUGCUUUUGAUCUCACUGACAUUGGCAGCCCUGGUCGCAGGAUGUCUAAUACUGCUCAGGAAGAACGAUGGACCUCGCAAGAAAAGAGCCUGGACACAUGAUAAUUCACAUCACUAUACAAUGAUACAAGACAAUAUCCACCCUUGGAUGAACAACGCAUGGUAUCGGUACAUACAUGACAGCACACCCACCAAAGACUGUUAUGUCUGCUCACAUAUGCCACCAACAACACAAUAUGCAACAUUGUAUGGCAAAGCAAUGAACAUGACUCAGGUGAAGUGUGCAGCAAGCUACGCCAGUCUCGGGUAUCAGUACUCUGGAAUUGUGAUCAACCACAACAAACCUUCGAAAAUAGGAUUACGAAAUGGCACGUGCGAUGAAUGGUUCUGGGUCGACCUGAAGGUGAAACAAAGGAACAAGGCUGGGUCAUUUCCAGUCUUUCUCGAGAACCCUGGAAAUUGGGAUCAUACCUUGUGCUACCGCCAGUCUAAGGGAACUAUAGACAUGGGAAACGCCACCAACUGCAAAGCAGUAGUGACGCAUGCUCUUGGAGGACCAGUGAAGAACAAUGACAUUUCCAAUGGCACCUAUUGGGUGCAGGGAAUGGCCUGGCUAUGUGGACAGCGGGCCUAUUUCACUCUCCCCCAGAACUGGACGGGUAUGUGUGCUCCAAUCUUCAUAUCUGAUCACACGUUUAAAAUAACUACCGACGAUACAUCACUCAAAAGAGGGAAGAGAUCAGUUGACACUCCAGACCCGAAACCACAUGACCCAAUAUGGGGCUCUGACGUCCCACAGGAAUUCAAGCUUUGGACUACAGGACAGAAAGUGGCUGAGGAUCGAGACAUUGAACUAUCGAUUUGGAUUGUUCCUGAAUACAUCAUGUCGAGUCAAUGACCAGCAAAACGAGGAGAUAGAUGCCCUGCGAAUAAUGGUCAUGCAACAUCAAGUGGCGCUUGAUAUUGUGCUGGCUGAAAAAGGAGGAUUAUGUGUGCUUUUUAACACCACCUGUUGCACUUACAUACCUGACAACAUACAUUCUAGUAACAUGACGGAUGCAUUAAAAGUUCUAAAAAGGCUUCAGAAUGUGCAGUCAAAGGAAUAUGUAGACGGGGGUACAGAUUGGUUGAGAUGGUUGCUAAAUGGCUCAUGGACUGUUUUGCUGUAUAAAGGUCUAAUAUUCAUAGGACUCUUACUUGUAUUAUUCUGUGUAUUCUCCACAUGUAUUCUCCCUUGUCUCAGGAAGAUGAUUUCCAAAAUGAUUUCCACAUCAUUGAUAGCUUAUGUUACUGUACCACUGGAUGACAAAAAUGAUCUGAGUAACAGUGAAGAUAACUUUGAAGACGAAGAUGUCUAUGUGUAAGAAGAAAA